AUGCAGUGGUACUGGCCUUUCGGUCUCGUGUGGUGCAACAUCUACGUGACCUGUGAUGUGCUCGCCUGCACGUCCAGCAUCAUGCACAUGUGUACGAUCUCGCUGGGCAGAUAUCUGGGCAUACGUAACCCUUUGAAAACCAGGAGCAGCAGCAAGAAGACGGUGGCCGUGAAGGUGGUGCUGGUGUGGCUCCUGGCGAUGCUCAUCACGUCUUUCAUCACGGUGCUGGGCAUCGUGGACACGGCGAACAUCAUGCCCACCGAGGACGUCUGCGCCAUCAACAACCAGGCCUUCUUCAUCUUCGGGUCCCUCUGCGCCUUCUACAUCCCCAUGGUGAUCAUGGUGGUGAGCUACGCCCUCACCGUCCACCUCCUGCGGAAGAAGGCGAAGUUCGCGAGCGACGCCCCGGCAGGCAAGGCCCGGACCAUGGGGCGCUAUCGGUCCGUGCGCCGCAAGCCGCAGCAGCCGCCGCACUCGUUCACGUUCACGCCGAGGUCGUCGUACCGGGGGACCUACUCCAACGGCCACGCGGGCCACUACGAGUUCUCCAACAUCCACAAGUGCGAGCAGGCCACCCAGACGCCCGAGUCCAUCGCCCGGGAGACGAGGAACUUCAAGCUGAAGGCGCUCCGGCUGCAGCUGGUGGGGACGGCCGCGUGGCACCUCCGCUUCCUGCCGUCGAGGAAGCGGGACGCGCUGGCUGCCAACGCCGUGGCCAACGAGCAGAAGGCCUCCAAGGUUCUGGGACUCGUGUUCUUCGCCUUCGUCAUCUGCUGGACGCCCUUCUUCAUCCUCAACAUCUACUUCGCCGCGUGCCCCACGUGCCAGGUCUCGGACCACCUCGCCAACGUGUGCUUGUGGCUCGGCUACGUCUCCUCCACCAUCAACCCCAUCAUCUACACAAUCUUCAACCGAACGUUCAAAGCCGCUUUCAUCAAGAUCUUGAAGUGCGACUACAACUUCGACCACCGCCACGUCAGGUCGCACUCGAUGUCCGACAACAUGGCCGGACCCUACGGAGGCCCGACGGCGUCAGCUGUGGCCACGCCCUGCUCCAUCCGAACGCUGUCCACCUACGUCAAGAGCCCGAGCUACCCGCACACGCUCACCAACCCGGAACAGGAGCAAGAACACGAGUGCUGAACGGCGCUGCGAAACCCCGUUCUCCGUUGUACGAAUCGUGUUCCUCAUGGACGCAAAACAGACGCAGAUUAAACAUAGUGAUUGUUACAUUAUCAUCUGUGUGCUCAAGAAUCCCGGGAGAUAUCAAGUUAAACAGUAAAUCAUGAUUGCCUUUCACAUUAACGUACACGCACAAGUGGUCAAAAUAAAUAUUGAUCUUCCAUUGUCAAUAGAAGGAAAUAGUUAAAACUGGCUGGAGGAACGCAUACACCCACUCUAUGAAUGAACUACUCGUAUGUGCUUCAAGGUUUCCAGCAACCGACGUAUGUAUGUAUGCUUCCUUUGUUAUACAAGACAUAUUUAUUAACCCCUUCGUGGUAUAACGUUCUGAUUAAUCGUUUAUUUAUUCACGUGAACCAAUGAUUUCUUGCAACAGUCUUGUACUUGAAUCUCAUCGCCCUUGUCUGUGUGUUCUUAUAUCUGUAGCUAUUAAAACGGUGUUACAAACAUGAUCUCAAAAACAGACAGUCGAAUGGCUAUGAAUUUGCCUGGAGAAAGUUUCUUAACUUCUAUCGUUUGUUGAUAUAAAUAAAAAAAAAAAAAUACUCGUCGGAUAAAUGAUUGUAACAGAAUCAGUAGAGAUAAUGAGUUUAUUCCGAACUGUUAGGAAUUGUCAGGCAAAUCGAUAUAAGGUAAUUAAAGCUGUUAUUGUCACUACAGUUCCAAAUACUGUAAAGGUUCCUCAGGGAAGUGCAGCAACUUUGAAUUAAGUACAGUGCUUGAACUUGGGUUUAUUUAAUUGAAGAAAAUACGAAGCUCAUCGUAAAAGUGAAUGGAAAAUUGACAUAUCAUUCCCUACCGAAUCAAAAGAAAUUAGCGAAUAAACUUCCCUUCGUCGUCUCGUCACGUGUCCAAAACAGGUCGCGACGUGUUGACAACGGAGGCGUAAUGAACAGCAUAAAAGAGAGAAAAAAAGGAGAGAAAAAAGAGGAAUGAGGAGCAGCUCCCGAGGGGGAUGGAGGAGCAGCAAGAUGCCCUCCUCCCCCCCCCCUCCCCCCAUUAAUGAGGAACUCCUCUUCAUUUGCAUACUUGACGAAGAAGAUCGAAACG